AUGGCCCGCACAGGCACCGCGUCGCUUGCCGAGGCCCUGCGAAUUCUAGGCGUUGGGCGCGUGCAUCACGGACUCGAGAUUUACCAGAAGGAGUUCAAUUACCAAUGGCGCAUCAUCAAUCGUGCCGCCGAUGCCACCUUCCCGGUACUGCCAACGUACACAGGGAAGCCUUUCACAAGAGAGCAGUGGGACGAAGUUUUUGGAGAUUACGACGCCGUCACCGAUGUCGCUUCAUUCUACGCCAUGUCAUUGAUUCACGCAUACCCCGACGCCCGCGUCAUUCUUGUCGAGCGAGAUAUCGAGCGAUGGCACGAAAGCAUUAGCCAGGUAAUGAAGGCGUGGGAGGAUCCCUGGCAGCGGCGCAUGGUACGGCUGCUUGGCCCAAUUGCAGGGAGCGACACCGGGAAGGCCAGUCUCAAGUUCCUAAUGGGAUGGACUGGGUCCAAGCGGGCUGAAGAUAUGCGCAAGAAUGCCCGCGCGGCCUACAUCCGGCAUUACAGAGACGUACGCGCUGCAGUUCCGCCUGCGCAACUGCUGAACUUCCAGUUCAGCGACGGAUGGGAGCCACUCUGCAAGUUCUUGGGAAAAGACGUACCAGAUGUGCCCUUUCCGCAUGUGAAUGACGCGGCGGCGUAUGCCGAGUUUCUGCAGACAACAAAAAUCGACUUCCUCAAACGACUGGUAGCGAAUCUCAGCCCGCUUGUGCUGCUGCUGACGUUCCUGCGUUUCGUGUCGCAAGGAGCGGCCUGGGGCAUCUCUAAGUUGGAGGAAGGAGAGUGUUAG